AUGGCUCUUUCUGUGGAGACGGAGUCGCACAUCUACCGAGCUCUCCGCACUGCCUCUGGGGCUGCGGCCCACCUGGUGGCCCUGGGCUUCACCAUCUUUGUGGCUGUGCUCGCCAGGCCUGGCUCCAGUCUGUUCUCCUGGCACCCCGUGCUCAUGUCUCUGGCUUUCUCCUUCCUGAUGACUGAGGCCCUGCUGGUGUUCUCCCCUGAGAGCUCGCUGCUGCGCUCCCUCUCCCGGAAAGGCCGUGCCCGCUGCCACUGGGCACUCCAGCUGCUGGCCCUGCUGUGCGCACUGCUGGGCUUGGGCCUGGUCAUCCUCCACAAGGAGCAGCUUGGCAAGGCCCACCUGGCCACCUGGCACGGGCGGGCGGGGCUGCUGGCUGUGCUGUGGGCCACGCUGCAGUGCUCAGGCGGGGUGGGGCUCCUCUACCCCAAACUGCUGCCCCGAUGGCCCCUGUCCAAGCUCAAGCUGUACCACGCCACUUCCGGGCUAGUGGGCUACCUUCUGGGCAGCACCAGCCUCAUGCUGGGCAUGUGCUCACUCUGGUUCACGGCUACAGUCACCGGUGGAGCCUGGUACCUGGCUGUGCUGUGCCCUGUCAUCACCAGCUUGGUCAUCAUGAACCAGGUGAGCAAUGCCUACCUGUACCGCAAACGGAUUCAGCCGUAA